AUGUCGCAGCGCAUAUAUGAUGAGCACAAUCAAAGGGAAGAAAGAGGUGAGCAACAAGGUUCACAAGAUAAGGAGAAUCAGUUAUACGCGGAUGUGGUCAAGGUCACGUUCACGGUCGUCCUCAAGGUCUCCAUCCCGAUCAGGGUGAGUUAUUUGGACAAGUCAAGCUCUCCUGAAAAGGAGUUCAGGGCGCAAGAGGAGAGGAGGGUCCUCUUUGUCGGGAGGAUAGUGAAGGGGACUACAAAGCAAGAACUGACUAAAACAUUUCUACCUUUCGGUAGGAUAGUCAGUAUCGAAUUCCAAGAGCAUACAGAAAACUUCGCCUACGUGACGUUCGCGUCUAGUGCCGACGCGUACCAGGCCGUGGUGCACGGAAAGGAUGCACCCAUCUACUCCAUCCUGCGCUACGAUAGACGUUCUCAACAAGAAUGGUGUCAUGCUCCGAGUGCCAUGAGCUCUGAGCACCAGCGGCUAAAUAACAAAUCUGAUGUGGAACACAGUGAAGAGGGUUCACAAUCUAAGUGGCAGCCUGGCAACAGGUUUAAGAGUUUACCCAAUGUUGGCAAGAGCAGCAUCAUCAACAGUCUGAAAAGGAACAGGGCCUGUAGUGUAGGAGCCACACCAGGAGUCACAAAAGCAAUGCAGGAAGUUCAAUUAGACUCCAAGAUCAAGCUCCUGGAUAGUCCUGGAGUGGUGUUUGCAUCCAGCAAGUCUAUGAAUGAAGGAAGUUUUGCUCUCAAGAACGCAGUCAAGGUGGAGUCAGUGGAUCCAAUCCCUGCAGCCACAGCGAUUCUUCAACGCUGCACCAAGCGACAGAUGAUGGACCUAUAUUGUCUGCCUGAAUAUGAGACACCAGAGGAGUUUUUCGCCCUGAAGGCCCAAAGACAGGGCAAGCUUAAGAGUGGAGGAGUUGUUGAUAUGGAUAGAGCUGCCAGAGGCCUAAUUGAUGAUUGGAAUAGUGGUAAGAUCAGAUACUACACAAUGCCUCCAGAGAAAGUGAACUCUGAAGUGAGUGCGACUAUUGUCACACAGAUGUCACGAGAGUUUGACUUGGAGUCUUAUGCUCAGAUGGAGAUUGAUAUGCUGCAAGAGUUGCCAGAGUCCUUUAGCGCAUGUCCUGCCGUUCCAGUUCCUUCUGCUGGUCCUGUAGAUGCUGCCAUGGAUCAGGACAAGGGUCCCUUCAGUGAACUGUUACCAGAAAAUGUAGUUUUAGAAGAAGCAGUCAAAGAUUUUGAGCAAAGAGCAAAGAAGAAAAGAAAGAGAGCAGGUAAAGAAGCAAAGCGAGAAAAUGAUGCUGAAUUAGAUAAACAGCUACUUCUUCCUGGUAAUGAAAGAAAAGCGAAAAAGAUUUUAAAAUUAAUGGCAAAGAAACAGAAGAAACAAGCAAGGAGAACGGAAAAAGCAGUAGCAGAGGUUGCAGGAAACUUGGAGAAUUUUUCUUUGUAAUUCUUUUAAAAAUGUGUACAACCUAGUUGUAUCUGUUUGUACAUAGAAUUUAUUCUUGUUAAAUAAAACAUGACUGAUGUUUCAUA